AUGACGUUCAAUUGGAUUAAUAUAUUUAUAUUCACAAACAUAAUAACUUCAGAGUGUUCACAAGUCAUUGACAAGCACAGUCAAAAGGGCUUUCAUAUAACCGACUACUGUCCCAGAGUGGGGACCUGUGAGGAAGGAUCACACGUCAUGUGCCUUUAUUAUAACCCUUUAAAAAAAAUGGGACCUACUUGUAGCGGUGCAGCUGAUGUCUCGGUAACUCCAGAUUUUGCUCAAAUGAUACUCGAUAUCAUUAACAGAAUACGGAGUAAGGUAACCGCAGGUACUGCCAAAGGGAAAGACGGUAUCAAUUUACCUAAAGGCUACGGGAUUUAUAGAUUGAAUUGGGACGAAGAACUGGCGACUUUUGCACAAGUUUGGGCAAACCAAUGUAUUUUGAAGAGUGAUUUAUGCCGAGAUACAAAAAGAUUUCCAAAAGUCGGCCAGACAUUAGGUAUGAGUCGAUUCACAAUUGACGAUUGGCAGCCGUUGCAUUCGUCGAAUUAUUUGAAUUCAUCAACACUGACUCAGGAUAAAGUUAAAUACGCUAUAACGGCAGUUUUGAAAGCCUGGUAUGGUAUGAGGGCAGACAUUACGCCUGAAGAUAUAAUACUGAAGGGUGAUCGAUCACCAAAGAAGCUAGGCAAUCAGUUUAUUUAUUUGAUAUACGGAAAUGUUACCCAUAUAGGCUGCGGUUUAUCCGCUUAUAGAGAAUACGCCUAUCACGAUAAUAAUGCAGCAUUGAACUACAACUCGAUUCAAAUAGUUUGCAACUAUUCAGCGCGUCUCCAAUCUGGAGAUCAAGUUUAUACCACUGAUCCACCGACGAAACCAGGCUAUACUAUGAAAUGUGGUUGUCCUGUAGGUUAUGAUGAAGAUGACGAUUGUCUUUGCUAUGAAAGUGCAAGAAAACUGCCCUAUACAUGCAAGGAAAGUAGUCGUUGCAAGCCAUCUGUAGUGGUUUUACCAAUAUUCACAGUAGACGACGCCCCAAAAGCCUAUCAAGAUCUUGGACAUAACAACGCUACACUCCAGAUGAAUACGAAUGAAGUGUUCGAUCGUUACGACGCCUUGAAAAGGAAGUCAAAACAGAGUGUAUUUUCAAAAGCUCCAACUUUCGAAUUAGCUAUUCGAAAAACUAAUCCCAUAACACAUCAAAAACUUAUAAAUAAUAUGAAUAAGAAAGAUGUAGCACCAAGAAAAGAUUUUACUGAAGUACAGAAAUUAGUAUCUAAAUAUUUAGACAUGAAAAGAGAUAGCAAUACAUUCGUUGAUACAGAAUCUGGUAGAUAUAUUUCUCACGAUCCCAUAAAUUUCAGUUCUUAUAAUAAUCCUUUAGCAUUUAAAAAUCAAAAUAGUGAUUUUAAUUUAACCAACAACUUAAAUUUGUUCGACGAUGCAAAAUCGGUAAAUGUGGAUGCUGACCGUAAACUAAUGUCACUGUUAGAUUCAUUAGAACACGAAAUCAAAGAAAUAGAAUUGAAUACAAAUGAAAGAGAAAUGUUUGAUGAAAAAAUUCGUAAAAUAUACGUUACGCUAAUUGGUAAAUCUGACUUUAAAGAUAAAUAUAAAUUGAGUGCACUAUGGAAUAAUCAAUCUAAAGCCAAAGGAAUAAAUAACUAUAAUAUAAAGGAAGAUGGUAUGUUAAGAGAUGAUUAUUUCGAUACAAUGACACCUGAAGAGUUUAGUUAUCGAGGUAUAAAGGAUAAUCUAAGUUUUGACAGUAAUUCAAAUAAAAACUUCAGCAGAAACAAUUGGAGUAAAGAUGGAAUAAAAUAUCCAAUGUUUAAUUUAAAUCUUGAUGAUGUCGAAGAUAGAGGAUUGCAUAACGUUUAUAACGUCAGAAAAAAAUCUCAAAGAAAUUUAGGAAAUGAUGACUAUUACUUUAAUAAUAAAGAUGAAAAGAUAAUGGAAUCAGAUAGACGAAGAUACUACGAUAACAAACUCGCAGCUUUGCGUAGAAAAAUUGAUUUGAUGAAAAGGAACGCAUAUCAAAAUAAAAUUCGCCAAAAUCGUAAACUCAGACCAGUCCGUCCAACGAAACCUGCCGAAGAACAGAAAACAUAUUUAAAAUCUAAAGAAUUAAUGAAUACUUUGUACAUGCCGGAUAGGGCGAGAUUUUUACACGGAUUUUAA